CGACGACGGUGAGAACGACAGUAUUGUAGAAGAUUUCCUUGCGAGCAGUUGCAGGCGGUGGAACGAGUUUGUAUUCAGAAAAAAAUAAACAGUCUAUGCCUACUACGCGUGAAAGUUGUUCCUUCCUGGACUGUCUGCUCAGUCCCAGACUGUAUGGCGUCAUCGUGGGUCUCAUGAGUCUGUGGGCCAUGGUUGCAUCCAUUUCGGCGUCGCUGUAUCUACUGAUAAAGUAUGACGACGGAAAGGACGUUCCGGACAGUUUGAAACUUUAUUAUCGGUAUGCGACUGCCGAUGUUGCCGUCGUUCUGAUAGGGAUCGUAAUCAUCGUAGUUUAUCUGUUCGGCAUUUACAAAGCAAACGAGCUCUGUAUGAUGCCGUUCUUAGUGCUACUCGUGGUGGACUUUUUGGGCUACACAGCAUCUGAGACGAUGCUGUGGGCCACCGAAACUGGAACUCAGCAUCAGCGAUUGAAAAAGAAUCUAUUCGAUUUCGUCAUUUUCAUAAGCGUUUUUGCCAUCGUCACUUAUCUUUAUCGAAUUUUCAAGCGCAAACGGCACCUCAAGGAGUAUAGGUUAGGUGGUUAUCAGAACAUUUCUGACAGUGCAGAGAACAUCGCCUUGUAGGUUUGGCAAAAAAAAUUCGUUGUGUAUUAAAAUUCAUAUUUAAGUGUGUGUGACUUCAUCAAACAAGAAGCCAAAAGGAA